AUGCAGAAGCCUUUUUAAAGUCAAACAACUGGGGAUCUUGGCGGAGGACGACAGACGAUUGGCGGCGUUGCAACUCGACGGCGAGGACGACAGACGCGGGUAGUGGAGGCGAUGUCCAGCAUUCGGCAUGGCGGCGCUGCAACUCGACGGCGAGGAAAGACGCCGGUAGUGGAGGCGACGAGCGCAGCUCGAAGAUUGGGAACCGUGGUCGGCGGCGCUGAUCCUGGCGGUGAGCGGCGGACUUCUGGCGAAGGAGAAGCAUCGGCGACUGGCUGGGGAAGGACGACCUGCGACCGGCGACUGGUUCAGGCGGCGAUCGAAAUGAUGAAGAUGAAGGUGACGAUGAAGGUGUGCGGUUCUCAAAUCCGAACGGAAGAAGCAUUUCGGGGCGUUACAGUUUCGUUGUUGGAGGUGACCUUCCCAGAGGAUGCAGAGUCGGCCAUGGUUGCCGGAGUAGAGGAGAAAACGGCAGUGGAGAAGAGGGGGAGGUUGGCCGAAAAUCAAGAGAAGGAGGAGGAGAGGGAAGCCCUGAGAAUUAGGGCUCCGAUAGCAUGAAGAAUGAAUAUUUUCUAUUAAG